AGUGAAUACCUAACCGUGCAUCAACCUAACUAUGCCUGCAGGCCUUUCCUGGUCUCGAUAUCUUACAUUCAUGACUGCGAGUAUGGCCAGCAUGUUUGCUGGUGCUUCUGUGGUCCAUAAUUACUACAAACCAAAUCUGGAGAUCCCCCAGGUGCCACAGAAUCCCAAGGACUCAAAUGGAACAGACUUUACAGGAAUUAAGAAAAUUGUUUCAAUUAAAAAAAGCUGAUACUUUUCAUAUGUACUAUAGGAUUUCAAUGCAUUUUUAUGUUAAUUCAUGUUAUCUGUUAAACCAAAAGGACAAUAAGUUAUUAUUGUUUCUUAAAACUGAUUAGUUUUGAAUCUGUUUCUGCACAUUAAAUGAUACCUUGUUUUUUGAACUUUUUUGAAGCAAUAUCUGGUUAGGCGUUAGUAUUUUAAAACUCACUCUUUUAUUACUUUUAACAUUUUUGCCAUUUCAACAUCAUAUCUACACAAUUUGUUCCUUUGCUCUAUUUUUAUAUAUUUACACAACAAUGGAUUGAUUAUUUUUGGUUUAUUGUUCAACGAAGAAGCGUAAUGAUAAACUUUGCCCGGUCAUAUUAUUUUUAUUUAAUGCGCUUCUCACAAAGGACGCCAUAAAUAACACAGCAGGGACCGUUAUUAAUAGGAUGAUCUCUUAAGAGAGACUUGUAAAGUACGCCUUGUUCGUCUUCCUAUCUUCCCGACAAUGCCGGCAUUGACUGGUUGUUACUUUGUGGUCGGUCGCAUUUUAUGGGAUUAGUAUUCCAGACGACACUGUCGUCACAGUGUUUUAAAAGCUUGGUAUUUUUCAGUAAAUCGGUGCAUUGAUGAUCAAGGAAUAGAGUCUGCUUAUUGCUUUGGACGCAUGUGAUAACUAGUCUUGGCACCGAUCAAUUCAGUAUGGAGACAAAAUUGAAUGGAGUGAAAAUUGAACAGAAAUUGAACGACCUAUCUACGACUCCAUCUAAUCCAGUUUACAAGUGGCUUGGUAGAAGUGCUUUUGUACUUGUGCUGUUCACGCAAGCCAUCAUAUUAAAUCACUUCUUGGUCCUUUACGAAAACAUCAAGUUUUCGCCGCACGCGUUCGUCCUCGCGUACCUUCCCGCGGUCUUGUUCUGGGUUCGCGGUCAAAUCAGUAAGCGCGACCAAGUGGUCGCAGCCGCUGUCUGGUUCCUCUAUUCGCUUCCCCUUGCCACAAUUUUAGGCUGGAUUUUCGGAAGAAUCGUUCAGAAGAUUGAAAAGGACUCGUUCAUGGAUCAUGGUAUGUUGAAGAACACGCUUGGCCUGUCGGCUCUGAUGUAUCUUCUUCUCGAUGUUGAAGAUUACACACCGAGACUUGGGAUGCAAGUUAACUGGGUAAAAGUAUUGGACAUUCUCGAUUAUUCAGAUUUCUUCGGGCUUCUGCUACAACGGGAUAGUCUCAUUAUUUCGGACAACUUCAAAACAACUAUAAUCGCAUUUGGUCUUCUAAGCAUUCUUUUGACGUCGGUUUCUUUAGUGCGAUUUACCAGAGAGCAUCCACCCGAUAGUGCGAACGCGUCCAGAAUCGACCCCCAGCUUGAGAUAACACGGCUCCUCCUACAAAUCGUACUGAUCAACUUCCCUUUUUGUGCGCUGAGGAUCUUUAUUUGGUACCAGUAUCAGAUCCAACUCUCUGCCUUUACCUUCAAGAACUUCCUAAUGGUCGCCGUAAACUUUGCGCAAAUCGCCGGUUUCAGUCUAGCAGGAUGUGCGUGCUGUGGUUCAUCUCACUCGGCCCCAGCCUUUACUCGCGCUUGUCCGCCCCGACUGGAAGAGCCUGGUGCGAGGUGCUCGUCUGCUUGCGUGCAGAGCUCUAGACAGAGAAAAAGAGAGUCAAAAAAUAUUGACCUUAUCGACUUUGAACUUUGAACUUGUGUCAUUGUGUGGCGUGCGAGAGGAAAUUUCCAAGACUUUGUUCAUAGCCUGUUAAAGCGGAAAUGUCACCAGAUUACUUCCGGUCGAUUACCUGACAAUCACCGAUGAUUUUUAACCCAUUGACUCCUGGCUUUUUUUGAGCUGAAUUUACAAAAAACAGACUGAAAACAGAUA